AGAAGCUUCACUACACAAAAAAAUCUCAGUUUCUCUCUUGUGGUAGUAGCGAACCCUAGAUCGAAUCAUGUCUGGAGGGUACGGUCACGAUGCCGGAGGUGGCUCUGCGCCACCUUCCUAUGGUGCUAGUGGUGGUUACGGAGGCGGAGGAGGUGGUGGCUAUGCUGGUGGAUAUGCUGGGAAUGAAAGCGGUGGUGGUUACGCAGCGAAAGGAAGCGGAAACGGUGGUGGUAGAGGAUAUGGAGGUAACGAUGGUGGAGGUUACGGUGGAAGGAGUGGAUAUGGUGGAAACGAUGGCGGAGGAUAUGGUGGAAGAGGUGGUGGCGGUAGAGGAGGUGGUGGUGGUGGUGGAGGAUAUGGAGGUCGAGGUGGCGGUGGCGGUUUUCAAGGUGGAGAUCGCGGUGGCCGAGGUGGAGGUGGUGGCCGUGGUGGAAGUGGCAGAGAUGGAGAUUGGCGUUGCCCUAACGAAAGUUGUGGGAACAAUAACUUCGCUAGAAGGAGUGAAUGUAACAAAUGUGGUACCCCAUGUCCUACCAGUGGUAAUGACCGCGGUGGCGGCGGCGGCGGCGGUGGGUAUAAUAGAGGAGGAAGUGGUGGAGGAUAUGACAGUAACCGAGGAGGUAGGUCUGAGAACUAUGGAGGUAGAACUAGUGAUUAUAAUGGUGGAAGGGGUAAUAACAAUGAUGGAAGAAGUGGAGGGAGCAAUAGGGGUGGCUCGUAUGGCGGGAAUCAAGGCAGAGAAGAUGGUGGCUAUGGUCAAGCACCUCCUGUUGCUGCUGCUCAGUCUUAUGGUGGUGCUGGUGGAAACUAUCCACCUACCUAUGGUGGGAAUGCAAAUUAUGGAACAGAUGCCGUUCCUCCACCUACAAGUUAUACCGGUGGACCUAAUUCAUAUCCUCCUUCAUAUGGGGGUAACACGGGUGGUUAUGGUGGAGGUGAUGCACGGAGUGGUGGCAGGGCUGUGCCUCAAGCUGGAUAUGACAGUGGUAAUCGUGGUGGAUUUGGUGGAGCUCCUGCUGAGCCAGCUCCAGCGGCUCCGGUGAAGCAGUGCGAUGAGAAUUGUGGAGAUACAUGUGACAACUCUAGAAUCUAUAUCUCAAAUUUACCACCCGAUGUGACUGUUGAUGAAUUGCAGCAACUUUUUGGAGGCAUUGGACAAGUUGGAAGAAUAAAGCAGAAGAGGGGUUAUAAAGAUCAAUGGCCUUACAACAUUAAAAUUUACACUGAUGAAAAUGGAAAAAACAAGGGUGAUGCAUGCCUUGCUUACGAAGAUCCCUCUGCAGCUCACUCUGCUGGUGGUUUUUACAACGAUUAUGAUUUGAGGGGUUACAAAAUCGGUGUUGCAAUGGCAGAGAAAUCUGCACCAAGGGCUCCUCCAGCAAAUAACCAUGGGGGCAAUAGGGGUGGCUAUGGUGGAGAUAGGCGCAGAGACAAUUCUGGUCCUGAUAGGCGGGAUCAUUAUGGGGGGAAUCGCUCACGCCCAUACUAGAGCUUUGUCAUUGAACGUUUUAUGUACUGUGAAAUGUGGUCUAAGGGAUUUAUUAUUUCAGUUGGCUGGUUUCUUGAACUGGAUGCUAAGAGGUAGGUUGUUCACUUAACUUGAGCAAGACCUCUUCGCUCCUGUUUUUUGUUGUUAGCUGGUGGGUUUUGAUUUUAAUCAGGGAUUAAUUUGAUUAUAUGAAUGUUUUUAUAGAGGCAUGUGGAUAGUCUCCAAAUAAUUGCUGCUAAGGUAGGUUGAUUAUUUCAGGUGAGUGCUGUUUUCAUGAAAACAUGCUUUAUACUUGCUUGAAAUUAAACCAAGUGUCAUCAUGUGGAUAAAUGCUUUACAUCCCUGGCCCGUCCCAUGUGGCAUCUGGUACAAGCCAGUGAAUGAAUUAAUGAAUAGAAUACUGUAUAUCAGUAAUAUUUUGAUGGAUCAAUUAAUUCCAUUUAGUGUGUUUCAAGUGCAAUUUGUUUUACCAGGAUGUUAGUGAUUCUGUCUGUAUUUGUCUUCAAAAUCAUUCACAAUCGUUCAUUACAAGUUAUAUACUGUUUUAAAAGCAAGACGUUGUAAUUUUCUUA